GCUAUUUCGAAAAUAUUAUAAAGGCCACGAAAAUUGAGCGAUCAUCAAAACUCAAAAUAAUAAUCUUUCUCUCGAAAUAUCAGGGAGAAUGUAAUCAUGUCCCCAGUCGUUCAUUCGUUCUGUUAUUCUUUCAACCUCCCAAAGUAAAUGGGAAUUUUCGGAGACAAAUAACUCGAUUGCCAUCGACGAUAAGAGUCGCAGACUCGAGGUGUUUCUGAAAAUGAAAUGAAAAACAGAGUGGGUCGAAUAAGUGUUUUCAUUAUUCAUCAGCAUUAUUAUUAUCAUCAUCAUCAUCAUCAUCAUCAUCGCAUUUGAUAUUAUCGUUGAUUAUAACUGUGUACAGAAAGAGCUGGAAGCAUUUAUCUUAACGGCAGUUGACAUCCGUCGUGCCUCGACAACACCGUUAAUCACACCCUUUCAAACACGAAUAAGUAAUUAAAGUGUUCGUUCAAAUUACAAGUAUAAGAGGGUUGAGAAAUAAAAAAACGUGUAAAUGCGAGAGCAAGGUGAGAAAAAGGAGAAAAUAUGUUGCGGAGUUUGUUGGAACGCCGGAGCGAGGUGCAGGAUAAUCCGAGCACACCGUUGCGCGGGGGUGCCGUUGGUUUACCCAGGAUACGUCUCAUCGACAGGCAGGCGAAACUCAACCAAGUACCGAUCUACACUCUUUCAUCGAAUAAAGCGCUAGGUGGCGGGGCCAAUUCGUUGGGCAACAAUCUGGGCUCGUUGAGACUUGGAAGUGGGCUGUCGUCUUUUCAGUGCCAUCGGUAUUUGUCCAAAGCAGACCGAUUCAUUCCACGAAGAAGCCACAGAAGCAUCGACGCUAUGAAUUACAAGCUUACGAAAAAUCAACCGCCCCAGAUACUGAGCAGACUCGACGUAUUCGAUCAAAUGAAACAUCUGGAUGAAACUUGGCGGCAAACAUUGAUGAAAAAUGCAUUGGCCAAAGCUGAUCUGAUACCAGGUUUAAACGAUCCCCGUAUUUUGAAUUUCGCCGAUAGAGGAAACCGUCCACCGACUUUUGACCCUACGCCACAUCAGAAUUGUUUCGAUUUCCCAACGAGAACAAAAGCGCGACACAAACCUCUCAUCGGCCGUUGCAAGUUGGGCAUCAAAGUUCAAUCGCCGACCCCACUCUAUCAAUGCAUCGAUUGGGGAGGGCGAAAUUUCAUAGCGAUGAUACUCAACAAGCCGAUUGGUUCUUCGAUUCUUGUGUUCAAUCCUGCGACCACAAACGUCGGUACAAUUUCUAAGCCCGUGCAUACAGUGGCUGACAUUAUUUAUCAAAUCCAGAUGCUACAAUGGAGUCACGCAGGAGACAGAAUCGCGGCGGUCACCGACAAUGCGGAGUUGAGGGUUUAUUCUAUGGAAAAACUGCUCUGGAUGAAAGAAUGCCCUUGCACAAAAGAUUGGAAUGAAGAAUUGCCAUGUGUAGCGACACUUGUUACGUGGACUCACUCCGAUGAUGAAAUCCUCAUUUGCUGUUGCGAGGGUAGACUAUCGUCGUACACGUCUUCAGGAAAAUUGGCUAGAAACUUUUUUCCGGAUAUAGGCGAUAGGGAGGCGAUAUAUUCCAUUGUGUUCUCGCAGAACGAUCGUUAUUUAGCCGUAACAACACACCAAGCCGUGUUCAUUUACACUUGGCCCGAAUGCAUUCUUUUCCUCGAGGUAGAUGCCUCACCCGGCCACAGUCCAAUUUCGCGAAUAGCCUGGCAUCCCUGGGACCCGAAUAUCAUAUGCGUUGGGAGUUAUCCCUACCUAAAUGCACUGUCCUUUUUCGACGUUCAACGCCGGAAAUUUCUCAUCUGCAGGGAAACCAAUCCCGAAUUGUGCAUUGAGCUACUUACGUGGAACAAACUGAGCGGCGAACUGGUCGUAAGAUUUGAUUAUCAGGAAGGAAAUUCAGAACGUGGAAAUCUGAAUCGUUCGCUGGUGGUGGUUCUCUCGAAUUUGGACCGCAUUGUAGAUGUUGUAUACCAUGGGCGUCUGGGUUAUGACCUAAAAUGGAGUCCCGAUAAUACACAACUGGCUAUCAGUCGAAGUAGCGACGUGAAAAUUUGGGAUUUCUUUGGCAGCGAGUCGCGAAAAUGGCAGGCGACUGCGGAGGACGAUGAGAAACCGAAUAAAAAGUAUUCGUUGAAACGCAGAAGAGAAAUUUACACCGACCACACGAGCCACCUGGAACAUUAUACAAUACGGUGAAAAAAUCAUCUCCAGAUCAUUAGAUAUGUUAAAAAAAGGAUCAAUUUUCUAGGUCAAUUUUCGUUGAGCGAAAAAUGUAAAUGUAUUGAAUUUGUGAUAAUUUAUGAAUUUUUAUAUUCUCCAAUUACGAGAGAGCUUCAAUCUUAUUUAUUUG